AUGGAGAGAUCACCUGAAUCUGAGAUGGGGAGGAAACCAAUGAGGAGAAAAGGGAAUGAGCAUGUGAAAGCAAUAGCGCUUAGAUCAGGUAAUGUACUGGGUAGCCCAGAAGACCCAAAUCAAGAGGUAAAUAUAGAGAAUACUAAUGAUCUUCAAGAAAGACCCUUAAAAGCUAAAGAUGAUUCGGAGUUAGAGGAAGUAGUUGCAUCAGAAUUUGAGCCAGAUGUAGAAACAACUAAAGAUUCUAUUGUAGAAAAAAUAUCGUUCCCUUCAAGGCUAGAAAAAAAGCAAAUGCGGGAUGAAGACGAGUUUGAGGAAGAGGUGCGUGAAAGUGAAGAGGAAGGAGAGGAUGACGAUGAAGAAGAUGAUGAGAUGGAUUUUGAGAAGGAUGACUGA